AUGCGCAUCCCCGAUGUGGCAUGGGUCCCCUUCUUCCACAGCCCUUCAAAUAUUCUGGACCUGGACCUUGAUCUUUCUUGUGCGCUGCCGUCCUGGACCUCUGCUCACGACCGCCACGUCUCUUCGACGAGAGCUAGUUCGCAAGACGACAACCUACCUCUGUUCCAAAGCCCAAGGGAACGACAGCGUCCUGUGCACUCCGGAGAGCCCACUGCCAUCACCCAGGGUUGUCUCUCGUUCUCCCUCCCAGAGUCCCGCACAAGAGGUCGCCACUCCCGGAUCAAAGACGACGGCCAACGGCUCCAGGGCGUCAUGCAGGCUUCGUCGAACGACCGUGGCCACGACGGUCAGGCGGGAUCGCCAAGGCUGGAGGGCAGUCUCCUGCAUGCUCAGCAGAGCAUAGCGGGCAUCGGGAAUGGUGGCAGGCACGAGGACAGGCCCAAGUCAACUGGAUCGUCCAGCGACUCGGCCACACUGGCAGACGGCACCCAGCGACAGGCCGCCGCCGCCACAGCAAAGCCCGCCGGGGGUGCCACCUCGUCGGACCAAUAUUACCGGCCAACCUCGUAUCUGUUCGAGGGCCGUGACACAACCCCCACGCCGGUCGCCAUCCCCGAGGUGCAGAAGCUCACCGUCGACGUUCCACCUAGGGACCAGAUCUCCAUCAUUCUCGGGCCCUUCUUCAUCAUCUUUGGCGAUCUCGUCGUCCCCUGCAUCGUCUACUACGUCUGGCUGGGCGCGCAACCUGCCGGGGCGCCCAGGUACAACAAGGACAUCCUGGGAUUUGCCAUCCUCCCAUUCGGCCUCGGCGAGCUUUACAUUCUCGUCGUGCGCGUCUGGCGGCUCAUAAAGUACUACGACGAAUGUGCGCCGCUCUUGUCCAGGCAUAAGUGGGAGCUCGAUGCCACUUCGUGGAUUUACGCGGCCGCGCUCCUCGCGGCCCUGAUCCCCUUCGUCGUCGGCUCGGAAAAGACCAUCCCACAGCUAUAUCUGUACGCGCCAGGAAUCUACAUGGCUUUUCUCCUUUUUUGGGCCUUGUUCAGUCUCAUACCAUUCAAGACCCCGGUCCGCAUUGAUUCCGAGCCCAAAGGCCACCGCAUGCGGCCUCUUGUCUACUACGCCGCCGAGGACUUCUUCGCGGUGGACGGAUGGCAGAAGAAGGAGUUCCGCGCCAGAUACAGACAGCGGUACGAUACUUCGAUCAUGUUCCAGAAGAUGAUAUUCGAGUUGACCGUGUGGUGGUGUUCUGGGAUCCUCGUCUACAUUGGUUGCCUAUCCGCCAUCAUAUGGAACACAGAAUUCGAAGUCGCCUUUGGACUGUCAUUGGGACUAUUGUUCUCUUUCAUCAUAUCAUGGGCCAUAAUGACGUACAUAUAUAUUCAGAUAGCACUGGAAAGGGAGAGAAACUGGUGGAUAAACAAGAAAUCUACAGGGGAAAAGGCAUAG